AUGAGUGCCCUCCUGGGUUCUGCUCUGUUGAUGCUCCUUGCGAGCAGACCAGCGAUCGCUGGCUCGUUGAAAGAUAUCGAGCAUGUGGUGAUUUUCAUGCAGGAAAACCGAUCAUGGAACAAUUAUUUUGGCACCAUGGCCGGUGUUCGAGGAUUCAAUGACCCGAAUGUUCAGGUUAACUCCGAUGGGCUGCCAGUGUACUACCAACAAGUUGACUCUUCCAUGUCUACCAAAACAAAGACUCUUCUCCCUUGGUAUCUAGGCUACAAGGGUGGGUCCUCAGUCGAUGCUAUGCAGUGUAUGACGGCCGGAAGCAAUGGCUAUGAGGAUAACCAGGCCGCCCUUAACCACGGCUUGAACAACAUGUGGGCGCGCAACAACACCCCUUGGAGCUGGGGAUAUAUGAAGAGAAGCGACAUCCCUGUUCACUUUGGUAUUGCAGAGGGAUGGACUGCGGGAGAUAUGUACCAGGAGUCUCAAGUUACUUCGACCAACCCCAAUCGUGUUACGUUGGUCAGUGGCUCGAUCAAUGUACCGGGAGGUCCCCAGAGCCCGGACCAGGGUGGCCCUUAUCUUGACAACAACGAAACCCCGGGCUGCGAAGACAACAACAUCAAUUGUUAUCCUCUGAAGUGGAAGACUAUCUACGAGAUCUACGAGGAAGCUGGUGUCUCGUGGCAGGUGUGGCAAGACUCCGACAACUUUGACGACAACCCCUUGGCAUGGUUUGAGCAGUUCCAGAAUGCUUCUUCUACCUCACCUCUUGCCAAAAAGGGUCUAUCCUAUGUCGGCCUUGACAGCUUCUACGAAGCAGCGGCCAAUGGAACUCUUCCGGAGAUCAGCUUCAUCGUCGGCCCUGCUGAGCUGUCCGAACAUCCCCCUUACAUGCCCAAGGAUGGUGCAUGGCUUCAAAAAAAGGUCGUGGAUGCCGUAACAAGCAGCCCGAAGUAUGGCUCCACCUUAUUAAUGAUCAGCUAUGACGAGUCCGGUGGUUGGGGCGAUCACGUUGUCCCCUUCCACUCCCCCGAAGGCACUGCCGGUGAAUGGAUGGAGGACCCAUACGGACUCUUCGGCAACAUCUAUUCUGGCCCUGGUGUCCGCGUUCCCUUCUACAUGGUCUCUCCCUGGACCCGUGGUGGUCGUGUUUUCACCGAGCGCGCGGAUCACAACUCCCAAAUCCUCUUCCUCGAGCAAUGGCUGGAGGCCCGCGGAUACGAGAAUGUCCAAACACCCGAGAUGGUCCACUGGCGUCGCGAGCACAUGUCGAACCUUGUCAACGCUCUUGACUUGGAUAACCCUGAUACAAGCCUUCCCACCAUCCCUGACGCCGAAACCCCCGACAUGUCGGCUGGAAAGUAUACUGGAACAUCCAACUGUGAGGCAACAUACCCUUCGCCGCGUCCUACGGUGCCAUAUGGUCAGCAGAGCAACAAGACCGAGGCGUUGUGGUUCGAAGAUGGAUACAAGCAGGUUAUCGGUUAUCUCACCGAGGGUCGCUAUCUCACAUUUGAAAGCUCCGGAAAGGCGCUCACGAACGCUGGAAACGCCAGCCGCUUGAGCAGUACUGCCGCCCUUGCCGAUCACUCGGACAAGCAUCAGCGCUGGGUCAUUCACUAUACCUCGGACGAGGAAAGCCAGAUUUUCCAAAUCUCCAGUGCUCUUGACAGCAAGUGGAUUGGUACCAACGGGUCUCUAGUUUCCAGUCGCAACAAGGCCGCUAACAUCACGAUAACAUUCCUUGGAAAUAGCAAGGGCUAUUCUCUAAAGUAUGAAGAUGGAACCACUGUUGGAGGUCUUGAGAACGGUACCAAAAUCUGGAGUGUGUCAUAUCAUUAA